UUUGCGCGACGGACGCCAAGGUUGGAGUUGUCUUAAUCUGUGUGUAAUACACUGACCUAUAUCAGACGAAACUUGUCAGUAUCGGCAUAAUAAUUGUACUUAAUGAACCCGCGAGAAAUUAACGUCACAACUCCUCCGCCUUAGAUGACGUUUAUAACAAACGGUAUUUCUGUAGGUUAUAGCGAACUUUCCGGUACAUUCACUGUUUGCUGGAUACUAUAUACAUUUGUAGCAUGAUUUUCGUGUGCGUGAUGUUGAAAAAGAUGGUUGUGUAAUUAUCGAUUGUUGGCAGUGACAGUUGAACAGUUCUGAAUGUUGUUGUCUUACGCAGAAGCUUGUGCCUGGCCUACUGUUCACUCUUUCGAGUGCAAGAUAGACAAUACUAGUGUUGUACAGCGGUAAUAGCGAUUGUUCGCAGAAUUGUAUUUGAAAGAAAUAUAAAAUAAAACGUUACAUCCCCACAUGUUGACGAACCUUAAGUGAUUUCUAAAACACAGCUUAAAUAAGUGGUCCCACAGGGCAGAGGACUAAAGUUUUUGCAGUAAUAUAGGGGUUCGAAACUAAGUGUUUAUAUGUAACUGUUAUUUCUCCAUUGAGACUAAGCUGGUCCUAGUGUCCUUGCAUCGUAUCCUUAAUCAUUUUGUACUUUCUGUGUAUGAUGAGCCUAUAAUGAAACUUAGAUCGUGUUUCACGUGUGAGAGGUUUUCGGUUCAGGAAUACCAGACUGAGGCAUAAAUGGGCUUCACAUAUUCAGUGUUAACAGUAGUGAUCAUUAUUAUUCUUGUGGUUUGCCGGUGUUAAUGAUUGCUGAGUUGUGUGACUGUGGGAAUGCUUGGGUCGUGAUCCAUAAGUCGAAGGCAAUACAUUUGUGGAAAUGAAAACAUUUUCGUGAUGCCAGUGUCAGAGCCGGGCGGGUGGCGGGUUCGUAGCCCGCUGCCUGAACCCGACGUCACUGUUUGGGGUCAGGAUACAAAUUGGAUUUUGCAGUUUGAUAACGUGAUUAAGCAUCCCGGCGGUAAAUGCAGGGGUUGCCACUGUGAUGUCCAUGACAGGACCCGCAGCCUCGACUCAGGUAGCCGAGGCGAUGACGAGAGUGAUGGCGUUGUUAAGUCUGCAGCAAAGCGAGCAAGCAGUGUGCCUAGACGAGGAGCAUUUAGUGCAACUAAGUCUGUCCCAUCCACACCUGCUCCCACUGGGACUGGGAGCAAAAUAUGCAGAACAUCCUCCCUGCGACGGGCAGCAUCAUCUGCAGGAGGCCAGGCUGGUGCAGUGGAUGAAGAGACAUUCAGUAAAGCAUUUGAAGAUGUUCCAACACUUCAGUUAUUCUCUGCACGAGAGCUAGAAGAACAACUGACGACAAUACGUGAAACAAUUGCUGACCCCAACAAGGACUGGUCAAAGAGGGUGGAUGCACUCAAGAAAGUGCGAUCACUCCUGAUUGCUGGGGCAGGAAAUUUUGAUGAGCUGUACGUUCACCUCAGGUUAUUGGAGCCACCGUUCCAGACAUCUGUCAAAGAUCUCAGAUCACAGGUUGUCCGGGAAGCAUGUUACACAAUAGCAUACCUGUCAGAGCAGUUGGGUCACAAGUGCGACCACUUUGCAGAGCAUCUUCUCAACAGUCUUAUUAAUCUGAUCCAGAACUCAGCCAAGGUAAUGGCAUCAGCUGGCUUGGUGACAGUGAGGUUUAUCAUUCGGUACACACAUUCACCACGCCUGAUUCCAAUAAUCACGCAGAAUCUCAACUCCAAAUCAAAGGAUAUCCGCCGGGCUUGCUGUGAAUUCCUUGAACAGCUUCUGCACUCCUGGUCAACACACUCCCUGGAAAGACAUAUUGCACUCCUUCAAGAUGCCAUCAAGAAGGGCAUUGCUGAUGCAGAUCCUGAGGCUAGGCUGUGUGCCAGAAAGGCAUACUGGAGUUUCCGAAGUCACUUCCCAGAGCAAGCUGACUCACUCCUGAACUCUCUGGAUAGUUCAUACAAAAGGGCAUUGAAUGGAGAGCUAACACUCUCAAAUUCAAGUUCAAGCAACUCGCUGUACCACCAGGGAGGAGGCUCAACAGUGUCUCGUUAUGGCAGUGGAGGUACCACACCCCGAGUACGACUCACCAGCAGUGCCACGGGCAGCACAGAGAACCUCCAUCAACAGUCGCAGUACCACUACGGUCUGCACCGCACUCCCUCACUUACCCGGCACCAUCGGUCGGGUAUUCCAGUCCUUACUGCUACUUCAAGUGGGCCCAAGUCAAUUGACACAGAUGGAUCUCCCCGGCGGGGUUCUGGCCCACCCGGAGCAUCAGCUCUGCGUUCUAACAGUGCCAUCGACCUGCAGGCAGCUCAACGGGCUAAAGCACGAGCUCAAUAUGCUGCCCUGGCCAGACACAAAGUGGGGUCUGGUGCUUCCCUACCUCGUCCUAAGAAGUCAACAGAAGCAAGUGGGGGAAUGUCAGUUAGUGCCAUCACCUCACCAGAGAGAGUCGGCCGCACAAGAAGUCGGGUGGCAGGCGUAUCUCAGUCACAGCCAAGCAGCAGAUCAGGAUCUCCUUCAUCACGACUGAGCUAUGCAACGUACUCUGCCUCCAACAGGGAUGGGGGUGGAGUAGAUGGAGUGCAUACUGUAGGCCGACCACGCAGGUUGUCUUCAGGAAUUCCCCGCUCAACAGGCACAAGUCGUGAGGCCAGCAGAGAGACGAGUCCCAAUCGUUUUGGCCUAACUGGCAUACAUGAUCGGUCAUUUGGUUGCAAGCUCAGGGGGCGGCCAGGCCAUAACAUGAGCACAGAACGACCACCCCAGCGUCCUGUCAUGGCACAGAAAAUUCUGCAACAGAGUAGGGAAGCAGAGUCAGCCCUGGCCGAUGCACUGAGCUUUGACACGAUUGACACUGGAGAUUUUGGACGUAAUGUUCCUAACAGCAGGAAAUCGUAUCGUCCAUUUGAUGACCAUUCUGAUGACAGUGAGACGUCUAGUGUUUGUUCUGAGCGUUCAUUUGAUUCAUACAGAAGGACAUCUGAUUCAUACUCCUGGAGUGGCUCCCAGCAACGUCUCUACAGGGACAUGCUUGAACCAGUCAACAAGGACAUUACUGAUAUCAUUGGAAACUGCGCCAGCACACACUGGACAGACCGGAAAGAGGGACUGGUUGGCCUGCAGAAUUACUUCCAGAAUGGGAAUGCUCUCACAGGGUCAGAAUUGAAGCGGGUCACUGACAUUUUUACCAAGAUGUUCAUGGACUCUCACACAAAGGUGUUUAGCCUGUUUCUGGACACACUGAACGAGCUCAUUCUGACCCACAAAGCGGACCUCAAUGACUGGCUAUAUGUGCUGUUGACAAGACUUCUUAAUAAACUUGGUGCAGAUCUGCUUGGUUCCAUUCAGAAUAAAAUUCACAAGUCCUUGGCUGUGGUGAGGGAGUCAUUCCCAGCAGAGCUACAGAUGAAUGCUAUCAUGCGAUUCUUGGUGGAUGCAACGCAAACACCCAACUCCAAGGUGAAGGUGGCAAUCUUGACAUUUCUUACUCAACUUGCCUCGUGCAUGGAACCGUCAGCAUUUGGCCCUGUGACCAUCUCGGGCAGAGACCCCACACCUGCUGCCCUUGCCAAAAUAAUUGGAUGGACUAGUGAUGCCAAGUCCAGUGAAAUCAGAAGAGCUGCCCAGGCAGCAGUGAUAGCGUUGUUCAACCUCAGCACAUCUCAGGUCACAAUGAUCCUAGGAAGCCUCCCCACAGAAUACCAGGAGGCUGCAGCCACUUUAGUACACAGUCAUCUGCGCAGGAGUAGCAGUGGAAGUGGGAGCUCACCCCCAUCACCAUCAGUUCCAUCAUCUGUUGUCAUGUCCUCACCGCGCUUGCAGUCACCAGGGAACACCACACCCCAGCAACUGCAGCCACGAGGAUCCUUGCAUGGAAACUCACUUGCAGACCUUGAUGAUGAUAACCUAAACCCUGAAGAAGUGUACAGGUCAUUGCGUCGCACUACAGCUGAGAUUCAGAACUACAGCUUUGAGGCUCUGGGUUCAGGAAAAUUAUUGGACCGUGACCGUGACACGACGUCUCAGGACUCUGGCAUCAGUCAGAUGUCAGCCGGGGGAGGGGACAAGAUGGACACACUAGAAGAGCAUAUGGAGGACAUGUCUAUCACCAGAAACAACUCGGGCCGGUCAUCGUCACUGUCAUCCCCCACACACCGCCUCAACUCCCUGCGGGACUACAAUGGACUCGAGAAGUCUGUGGCUGACAUUUCACUAGAUGGAGAAAAUGGCUUCAUUCCUCGUGAGAGUCACCACCAGGAAGACAGUGAGGAGGUUAGGAAGGUCAUUGAUGCUCUGCGGGUGGCAGACCAGAAUGGGGAAAGUCCAGGGUGUGAAGGUACAGAGGCAGAACGUAAGGUGGCGCUGAUGCAACUCAUUCGCCUCAUCAGAGAGGGUAGUCCCCUUGCCAUUAUGGAUAACUUCAAGACACUGCUGAGGGUUUUGCUGGAGCAGCUGACAAAGCCAGAGGGCUCAGUGCGUGCACUGGUGCUGAGUGUGCUGACAGAGAUGUUCAAGAAGCCCUCUAUGGGGUCCUGCUUCCACAACUACAUUGAGUUGCUGGUUCUCAAGGUUCUGCAGUCUCAUAAGGAUAACAGUAAGGAGGUGCUGAGAUGUGCUGAGGCAUGUGCAGCCACAAUGGGAACAGUACUGCCCCCUGAUGUUGUGAUCCGAGUACUGAACCCACUCAUCACAACAGGAGAAUACCCGGUGAACCAGGGAGCUAUCAAAAUGCUCACCAAAUUGGUCGAACAGAAGAGCAAGGAGGCUGUGGAGCCACACCUUGCUGAAGUUAUGCCAGGCCUCAUCAAGGCAUAUGACAAUGAAGAGAGCUCAGUCCGCAAAUCAGCUGUUUUCUGCAUGGUAGCACUGCACUCAUCAGUAGGGGAAGAAGCAUUGCAGCCACACCUUGAAGCUCUAAAUGGGAGCAAACUGAAGCUCCUUCACCUGUACAUCAGACGUGCACAACAGGGAUCCUCCGUGCCAACUUCCCCCAAGAAUGCCCCCCCAUAGUGACAUGACAAGUUGGCUGCAGAACUGCGACAAUGAUACCAACUUCAGAUGUAUUAUUUACAAUAAUUAUGUUAGCAGUAGGGUUCCUUUUUUU